CGGGGCAGGCGUUCCCACGACGAUCGACCUUCUCUUCCUCUCCUCUCUCUUUCUCUCUCUCGGACAUCGCGCCCACUCUUCCUUUCUUUGUGAGCCUUUCCGCCUCGAGAGAUAAAAGAAAGAGAGCGAGAGGGCAGAUUGUGAGAUUCCUCUGCGGCCGCCCCCUCGUCCUCAUGCUCCAUCUGCUUCGCUCUGCUCGCAGGCCAUGGCGUCGCUGGUCGUGCUGGUGGCGGCGUUCGGCGCCGCGGCGGCCGCAUCCGACGGCUGGACCCCCAUCAUCCCGGAGGGCGCCGCGCCCGGCCCCGGGCGGCUCUCACUGGACCUGCACAGGCCCGGCCACGGGCUGGCCGUGGAGCCUGGCCUGCCGGGCUCGCUGGCGUCCAGCCUGUCCAGCCUGUCGUCCAGCCUGGGCGGCAGCAGCUACCACAGCCACGUGGACCACGUCGGCAGCGGCCGGCCGCACGCCCAGGUGCACUACCGCCCGUCGCCGCCGCGCCACCACGGCCCGCCGCCCUCGCUGCCGUCCGCCCUGCCGGACUUCGCGCACAACGACCACGGCGACACCUGCGCCCUCUACAAGGCGUCCAUGACGCAGGACCUCUACUUCCAGUACAUCCAGUACAAGGUGCACAUGCCCGACCUCAAGGAGUUCACGCUGUGCAUGUGGCACAAGUUCAACAACCACUCGAGUGACCACCCUCUCUUCUCUUACGCAAUCCGCGACCAACCGCGCGCCAUCCUGUCCUGGAUCACGGCCACGGACCGGUCCACGUACUUCUCCAUGUCGGUGGACGGCCACAAGCUGUUCCGGCUCAACUACCCGCUGCGGCUCAACCGCUGGUACCACUCGUGCCAGUCGUGGAACGGGCGCACGGGCGAGUGGCAGGUGUGGGUCAACGCGGAGCGGGUGGGCCGCGGCUUCCACAACCUGCUCGUCAACCACGUCAUCAAGGGCGGCGGCGUGGCCAUCACGGGCCAGGAGCAGCGCCAGUUCGGCGGCGGCUUCCUCGAGGGCGAGGGCGCGCCCAAGGGCGCGGGCGGCAUGCUGGGCGAGAUCACGCAGCUGCAGCUGUACAGCGUGGCGCUGACGGCCGGCAAGGCGUACCGCGACCACAAGCACCACCACGGCAACUACAACGCGCCGGCCGACCAGCCCCGCGCCACCACCACCACCACCCCCGCGCCCAUGCCAGAGACGUCCACCGUCAACCCUUACGCGCCCUUCAUCAUGAACGGCCAGCUCACGCCGCAGCUUCCCAUCUUCGAGCUGUCCGCCUUCCGCAAGAACAUCCCCAUGCCGCCCAUGGACGACGCGCAGGCGGCCCAGGCAACGCAGGUGCAGCCGUCGGGGCUGGCGGCCACGGCGGGCGCCAUGCUGGACCUGAGCCAGCUGCUGUCGCCUGUGUCGUACCUGCACAUGUCGCCCAACCCGGGCGGCGCAAGCGGGCCGGCGGGCGGCGUGCGCAUCCCGCUGCUCACGCACCCGCGGCCCGGCCUGGACCUGGACCCCCAGCAGCACUACCUCUUCAAGCGCGACGACAACAACAAGGAGCCAACCAAGGACGCGGCCGAGGACGACGACGAGCGCGAGAAGAAGCAGGGCAAGCGGGACACGGCGGCCGCGGUGGACGCGGCGGAGACGGACGCCGCCGAGGCCGAGGAGAAGCAGGAGAAGGUCGCCGCCAAGGUCAAGCGGUCUGCUGACAACAAGCCCGACGCGGAGGAGAAGGCCGCGGAGGAGGCCAUGGCGCAGGCAGCCGAAGUCGAGCCCCAGCGCCUCGCCGGCAAGGUCAGCAAGCGCGAGAGCAAGCGCGCCAAGGUCAGCCGCAAGCCCGCCGAGGCCGCGGUGGAGACGGAGGCCGCUGUCGUGCCCGGCACCGACGGCGACGACGUCAAGCCCUCAGCGCAGAGCAAGCGAGAGCUUAGCCCCGAAGAGGAGGUCGACAGCGAGGCCGGCAGCGAGGCCAGCGACACCAAGCAGAAGAGGCAGACCAUCUCGUUGCACGGCGGCCCGCUCGACCUGGGCGCGGACAUCGACACCAGCCUCCUCACGCAGGGCCUCAGCGGCCUCCUGCCCCACGGCGAGCUGCUCGGACCCGGCGGCCCGCCCCCGAGCCCCGUGACCUACGUCGAGUACCACGGCAACAACCACCAGCAGCUGCUGCAGCUGGGGCACAAUAUGCCGCCGCAGAUGCUCCAGCAGCUGCAGCAACAGCAACAACAGCAGCAGCAGCCCCAGGGGCCGCCACCGCCCCCGCUCAAACGGGAGAACGAGCCGGCCGAGGGCGAGGUGAUGGCCGUUAUGGCCAUGUGCUCGGGCUGCGCGCCCGACCCCUUCGCCAAGGUCAACGUCAUCUCGUGGGCGGGCACGCCCAAGAAGCUCUACUCCGGGGUGCUGUACCUGCCCGCCAAGCCUGUCUGCAGGAAGUUCUAGGGCGCCAGGCGACGCCCCGGGCGAGGGGCGCGCGCUGUGCGGCGGGCCGCCCGAGCUGUGCCAUAACCAGGAGACCCCCUCGACGGCCCGGGCCCCGGAGGGGAGGAGAAGAAAGGGGAGGAGAGGGAGGAGCAGUGGCGUUACAGGAUGAGAUCGCUCUCGAUUCUCGUCUCGAAUGGCACGGCCUGGAACUGCGCGCGGGGGGAGAUGCACGAAUCGAGAAAACAAUGGCUCGUGAAAUUGUUGAUGUUAUCCGGGGCCUCCGGGGCGAGCCGGGCCGGGGAGACGGCGACGGGGUGAAAGGGGCGGACAGGGAAGCGACAGUGACGGACUGUCAACGAAGACGAGGCACGGCGAGCGCCACCGGAUGGCACAGGUGAGUGGGGUGGCGCUCCAGGAUCGACAACAAUCGCCCCCUAACUGACCGGACCCGGAGCCCGGGAGUCCACGCCGGGUAAGGCAGCGGGACAGCGCGCGGGGCGGGACCACCGAGUCGCCGCUCGUGAUGCUUUUCCGUUACGAACGAAGUUAGCCAAAGAUAAUGAUCCGUUCGGAGAAAACAGACGAGCCUCCACGACUGAAAAUCUUCGACGGAAAACGACCGUGUUCGAAACACUAUCGCGACCAUCAUCAACAUCAGCACCAACCGGAGAGGCGUGACUUCAAAUAGCCAUAAUAAGAAAUCAUGGACUUCGACUCUACCUGAACUGCUGCAACUAUACCGCCGCCGCUACCAACUUCAGCUCAAGACGUGUUGUGAGAGUGCGCGUGUGCGUGUGCCAGUGCACAUACAGUGGGAAGACUUGCCAGACAGAACUGCUGCGUCCGUAAUGGAGAUAAUAUUUAAAUGGUCGGGAGGCGAUUCGCGCCAGCCGCCAUCCGCUCCCCCGCCGGGAAAUGUUUUCCGGAGGAGGAGGUGAAGGCAGGAGCACGGAGAGGAGAAUCGCUCAUCGCCGGGGUUGGAUGGGGUGGGGUAAGGCUGGGCGGGAGACGGGUGUUUUUGUCUGCUUGGCCCUCCCAGCCCCUACCGUACCCGAGGCGUACCGUGGAGUGACGUGGGCUUGUUGCUCACAAUCAGAAGGGAAGACCAGCUUCAUGUGAUGUUAAUUUAAUUUAAAUGCAUGUUGUACAGAUUAAAUGAAAAGCACACAAAAAAUGGCCCCCUUGAACUGUUUUUUACGGGGCUUGGAGUUCAUAGACUUUUAAGCGAAUUUUAUUUGUUAUUCUUCUUUUGUAU